AUGUCGGCGCACGAGACGACCCCCGGGCACGCCGUCUCCACGGCCGCCUUAACGGUGUCUAUCACGUCGAACCCGUCAAGACUUAGGUUGGGCGUCGCGUCCUUCUCGGCGAGAUGGCCCUUGGUGGAGUUGAGCAGCACCGAGCCGUCGCAGCCCUGGCAAAAGAACAGGAGCAACACGGGCAGCUACAACGUCAAGAUGAUGUGA